AUGGUUGGAGCUAUGAAGACUAAAUUUGACAAAUAUUGGGGAGAGUGCAACUUGUUGAUGGCUAUUGCUGCUAUUUUAGAUCCGAGGUGUAAGAUGACGGUCAUUGAGUAUUGUUUUCCCAAAAUGUAUUCCAAAGAAGAAGCUCGUGAAAAAAUCAAGAAAGUCAAGGAUGCAUUAUAUGAGUUGUAUGAUGAAUAUGUGGCGGACAUGUAUUCUGAUACUUCUACACAAAGUGAGCAAAUCAUUGACAAUACCGAUCGCAGAAGUGGAGUUAAAGUAGCUUCGGGCUGGUCCGAGUUCAUUCAACAUGUGAAAUCUGCUCAAACUAGUAAGCCACAACAGUCAGAGUUGAGCAACUACUUGGAAGAGGGAUGUCAUAUUUGUGAAGAUAUGUCAACUCCAUUUGAUGCUUUAGAAUGGUGGAGAACGAGUGCCUUGAAGUAUCGUAUAUUAUCUAAAAUGGCUCGUGAUAUACUAGCUAUUCCCGUCUCAACUGUGGCAUCAGAAGCUACUUUUAGCGCAGGGGGUCGAGUUAUUGAUGCAUAUCGAGCCUCAUUGAAUGCCGAUACAGUGCAAACAUUGAUUUGUGGAGGAGAUUGGUGUCGUAGUCUUCAUGGUGUGAAGAGAAAAAACAAAAGUGAGAAGAAACCUUUGGAGAUUAUGCUGCCCAUUCCUUGAAAGUUUGAUGUUGCUACUUUGAUUAUCAAUGUUGUGGCUGGAAUUUAUGCUGGAAAUGUCCCACUUGUGCAGGUGUCAGAAUAUGUAUGGCUGAAGUUUGAUCAUGGUUGGUGUUGCCGUGUUGGUACUGGAGAGACGACUUGGUGUUGCCGAUUCGGAAGCUGCAAAUUUAUAUUUUUAUGUUGUAUUUCAUUUAAGACUUGUUACUUUUCGAAUUUUUGAUGCCUUUAAACUAUUUGAAAGUGCAUUUUUAUGCUUUCGAUGUUUUUGGAUAUCUAAGAUUUGUUAUAAUUGAUUUGGAGAAAGACUUUUGGUGAUGAAA